CGGCGUUAGAAGUUGGAAGUGUCUAGAAGUGUCUUUAAGUGAGUUGUUACGAGUUUGAAAAAAACAUGAGCACUAAGGUUUUGUGGGCUUCCUUAGCUGUUCUCCAGUUGGUGGUAGCCUACCCACAGCACGGUGUGAAGACGGGCCGGUUUAUUUCCUGCAAAAAAGACACAGAAUACCUACACAAUGGCAUCUGCUGCGCGAAAUGUGAAGCCGGUCAGUAUGUGCAAACCCCCUGCACUGAAACGGGCAAGAAGGGAACGUGUGAGGAGUGUGACUAUGGAACGUUCACGGAGCACGCCAACGGACUGAAACAAUGCAUCAAGUGCACCCAGUGCCCUCCAGAUCAGGAAAUAGUCAGGGUGUGCUCUCACACCCAGGAUACGUUGUGUCGGUGCAAGCCGGGGAGGUACUGCCAUCCAGACGAAGCAUGUGAAAUAUGCAAGAAGUGUUCCAGAUGUAACAGUGAUGAGGAGGUGGUGAAGAACUGCACAUCUACCAGCAACACUGAGUGCAAGAAACUGCCGGGCAAAACCAGCCCAGAAGCAGAUACUACUCUGACUGCAGUUCUGACUGUGUUUUUUGUGGUACUUUUUCUUGUUUUGGUCAUAAUUAUCUUCAUCCUCUGGAGGAAGAAAUGGAGAACAGCAGAUUCCAACAGUUUCAACGAGGGUUGUAUUUCAGUGAGCAAGCCUCACGGCACCAAGCCAAGCACAUAUGCAAACAUAUAUAAACCUCAAGGAAAGGAGGAGACAAUAAAUCUGUAUGAAAGCAAUCCCAGCUCUGCCAGCAGCUCUCAGCACAACCUAACUGACCCCGCUGAAACGCUCCCCUGGGAAGACCCCAACAGGAGGGAAGAAGAGCCAUUCCCCACCCUCAUUCCUAAGAAUGGCGUUGAAUCUCUCGUGGCGUGCUUUGAAUUCUUUGAAGAGCUCAACGUGGACUUCCACAACAGGUUCUUCCGUAAGCUCAGCAUAGAAGAUAACGAGAUCCGAAGCAAAGAUCAUCUUUCUCACGAAGACCGGAUCCAUUAUCUGCUGUCUUACUGGGUGGAGAAGAAGGGGAAAGAAGCCAGUCUAAACCACCUGCUGAGAGCUUUACUGGACCUCAACCAAAGACGAACAGCAGAGACAGUCAUGGAGAAAUCUAUUCAGAAAGGUUUCUAUGAACUUGAGAGUUUGUCUGUGGGAGAUCACUAAAGGAGGAAUAUUAAGUGUUUUUUUAUUUUAUAUGUUACUGUGAGUUGUGAAAAUGAUGUGAAUACCAAAAAUGUCUUCUAAGAAAUUUGACUUUGCAUCAAAGCCGCACCUGAUGCCUUGAAACUGGCGUCCGUCUCUUUAAGAAGCUCCUGUAAUCUCCGUCUUCAGAAUAUUGUCUCUGAUUCCGUCUACAGCUGCUGUUAGGAGCUCAGCAGAGUGCAGUACCACCAGAUGUUGCUAAUCGCUGCUGCCACUAGUCUGAUGGAGCCGUACUCUGUCUGGAAAUUAUCUGUAGAAACUUCUGUUUCUCUGGUAGUUGUUUUUUAUAUCUUUAUAUUUAUGUUUCUGAUUUGAUUGAGACUCCAGACCAAACAGAAUAUUGUCUUCAGGGUGGUCAAUGUUACUUUUUUUUUAUUUCUCAUGUACAUGUUUUUUAUAUUACGUGGUGAAUGAGGAUUCAAAGUGAUCCCUGAUCAUUUACUGAAAUGUGUGAUCUCAUGUAUUUAUGCACUGAAAACAGGUUUAAUUUAUUAUAACGUCCUUUUUCGUCCCAGUAUUAAAUGUUUUCCCAAUCAUGAGGUGCUUUUGAUAGGCUUGGAUUUAAUGUCGUUUUUUUAGAUCAAAUUAAUUAUCCUCUGGGGCUCUUAAUAGUAGCAAAACAUUAUAGAAGAUAAAUUCUGAUUUUGUUCUGUUUGACAUUUGAUUGGAUUUUGCUGAAGCUUAAUGUACAUAUUUCUCAUCCACAUUUUCUAUGAAGUGAUGUUAUGUUGGUCAGCUGGUUCUGAUCGGAUGUAUCUGCUUCAGUCCAUUGUUCGAAUUUUUUACGUUUCAGUUCUGGUAACUUUCUGUUCAUCUGUGGUUCAACUCAUCCUGAUAUGAAGAUGAAAGAAAUCAAAAACA